CUCCACCCAGGUGAGCUCCUCGUCCCUCGGCUCCCCCACGGGACGCAGCUCCAUGGCCGCGCCCUCGCUGCACCCGUCCCUGGGGCCUGGCCUCGGCGCCUCGCUGGGCUCCCCAGGACAGCUGCCCUCACCCAUCAGCACGCUGAGCUCCCCUGUCAACGGCAUGGGCCCGCCCUUCUCGGUCAUCAGCUCCCCCAUGGGCCCCCACUCCAUGUCCGUGCCCACCACGCCCACCCUGGGCUUCAGCACCAGCAGCCCCCAGCUCAGCUCGCCCAUGAACCCCGUCAGCAGCAGUGAGGACAUCAAGCCCCCGCUGGGCCUCAAUGGUGUCCUCAAAGUCCCCGCCCACCCCUCAGGGAACAUGGCGUCCUUCACCAAGCACAUCUGUGCCAUCUGCGGGGACCGCUCCUCAGGCAAGCACUACGGCGUGUACAGCUGCGAGGGUUGCAAGGGCUUCUUCAAGCGCACGGUGCGCAAGGACCUGACCUACACCUGCCGGGACAACAAGGACUGCCUGAUCGACAAGCGCCAGCGCAACCGCUGCCAGUACUGCCGCUACCAGAAGUGCCUGGCCAUGGGCAUGAAGCGCGAAGCUGUGCAGGAGGAGAGGCAGCGGGGCAAGGACCGCAGUGAGGCCGAGGCGGAGCCCGCGAGCAGCGCCAACGAGGACAUGCCCGUGGAGAAGAUUCUGGAGGCCGAGCUGGCGGUCGAGCCCAAGACUGAGACGUACGUGGAGGCCAACAUGGGGCUGAACCCCAGCUCGCCCAACGACCCCGUCACCAACAUCUGCCAAGCAGCGGACAAGCAGCUCUUCACCCUGGUCGAGUGGGCCAAGCGGAUCCCGCACUUCUCCGAGCUGCCGCUGGACGACCAGGUCAUCCUGCUGAGGGCCGGCUGGAACGAGCUGCUCAUCGCCUCCUUCUCCCACCGGUCCAUCGCCGUGAAGGACGGGAUCCUCCUGGCCACCGGGCUGCACGUGCACCGGAACAGCGCCCACAGCGCCGGCGUGGGCGCCAUCUUCGACAGGGUGCUGACGGAGCUGGUGUCCAAGAUGCGGGACAUGCACAUGGACAAGACGGAGCUGGGCUGUCUGCGCGCCAUCGUGCUCUUCAACCCCGACUCCAAGGGGCUCUCGAACCCGGCCGAGGUGGAGGCACUGCGGGAGAAGGUGUAUGCGUCCCUGGAGGCCUACUGCAAACACAAGUACCCCGAGCAGCCAGGGAGGUUCGCCAAGCUGCUGCUGCGCCUGCCGGCCCUGCGCUCCAUCGGCCUCAAGUGCCUGGAGCACCUCUUCUUCUUCAAGCUCAUCGGGGACACGCCCAUCGACACCUUCCUCAUGGAGAUGCUGGAGGCCCCGCACCAGCUGACCUAGGCCCGCCCCGCCCCGCCUGCGCCCGGCCGUCUGGACCGUGGGCCCAGCCCGGUCACUGCUCAGCCUGAGACGCGCUGCGCCCCCUUGUCGUUCUCCGUACUGCUUGUCUCUGGACCCGGCAGGGCAGUCGCUUUCCCAGGGCGGCAGCCGGAGUGGCACGAACUGGUGUGACCCCAGCCAGGCCCUUUCCCGGGGGAGCCCCGGGGGGCACGUCGGGCCCUAGGCCCCAGCCAUGGAGCGUCAGCGGGCGGGAAGGGCCGCUGCUGUCUUCGGCGUUUCGGGCUGUUUGGAGUGACCCCCACCCCACUUUCCCUCCCGUCAGUGCUGGCGCCCGGCCAGCUCGGUCCCCGUCAGGACGAUGGGACAGGUGGGGGGCUGGCGUCUCGUUGCAGAAGACCGUACUUGCUCCCUGGGGAGACGAGGGGGCCCUGGGCAAGCGGGUGUCCCCUCCCUUCCGGUGAGGGGUGAGCAGCCCCCUUUUCCAAAGACAGCCCGCCCCCCAGCCGCCUGGCGCCAGAGCUGGCCCCGCGCAGGGUUCGGGGUCCCUCGAUCAAGCACGGCCUGCGGCCGGCCGCCCACCCGCCUUCUCCCUCUACCCACGUUGUCCUGUGUCAGCUUCCCCCACACGGUCGUGUGCUGCCCAGGUUCCAGGCGGCAGAGCCCUGGCCGCUCCAGCCCAGACCUCUUCAGUCUGUGAGGGGGCCGGGCUUGCCUCACGCCCCGGACGGCUGGCCUCCUGCUCUCGGCCUUCCCAGCGGGGCCCCUGCUGACCACUUGCGGGCAGAAGCCGUCCCCUGGGAGGCCCACGGAGUGGAGGGUAGGGAGCUGCUUCCCCAGACGCCGGUCCACCUGCGGCGCACCUUCCUGGGGAGGCCGAUGUGAGAGCCAGCGGGACUCGUGGGCACGGUGGGGAGGGCAGGUGGGGCCGCAGCCUGCAGUGCCCUCUGCGGCCUGGCUGACUGUCUGGAAGAUUCCUGGGGUCAGAAGCCGUUGAGUGCCAGCCUCCUGGGCCGGGGGCUGGACACCCUUGGGAGCGGCCACUCGCCGUUGUCUUUCCUGGGUGACAAGGCUUUGUGUGGGAGCGCCAUCUAACACCUGCCCUGGCUGAAGGCUCUGCGUUCAGCCCAGCACCCACUUUUCGGCCGGGCGCUCUGGGCCCGGGGUGGGGUCUGGCGGCCUGCACUGGCCCCUUUGCACUGUAAUCCCUGUGCUGAGUGCUUUCCGUUCCCACGCCUCACGCCCCCGAACCCAGCGUUCGUGAGUAGCAGGGGCCUACACAGGGGCAGCGAGGGGCGUGGGGAGGGGUCCUGUCUGCUCAGCCUGACAGCGUGCUCUGUAACGGGUGGUUCUCCCCUCCACCGCCCCUCCCUAGCAGCCCUGGAUGGGGUCGGGGGGCUGCCCCCCCCCAAGGUCUAUUUCCCCAGGCGGUGCAGGGGCUCUGUGAGACCCCCGGGGCUGGGCGGGCAGAGGCAGGCCUCCUGGCCUCUGGGGAGAUAGCAUCCUUCUUGACUCUCUAGUCCCCAGCCAAGCUGAGCGAACGAGGGGCCCCUGGGCAGAGGACAGGAUGACUCCCACAGACUCGCUUCCCCAGACGCCCCUGCCACGUGGGCCCUCCCCUUUGUCCAGGGCCUGGCGUGCCAGGGCCUCCCCCCAGGCUCUCCCUCAAAGUCUCGGCAGCCUCCGGGGACAUUGUGAUAGGCAGUGUCGCAGGCACUCUCAAGGCAUCCCCUUUGCCUCUCCCCCCGGAAGUGGGAAUAUUAAAUGGCCCCAUACCCAACACCCCUGGUGCCUUCUGCAGCCAGAUGCACCCCGCCAUUCAUGCCCAGCCCCUCCUGCUCCCCAGGCCCCCUGGGGAUGUGGGAGGCUCCAGUGCAGAAAUCCCAGGUCGAGGCCCUGGCUGGCAGUCCGUAAAGCGCCGAGGCCCCACCGGCCGGCCCAGCCCCUGCAGCCCCCUGCGCCGUGGCCGCAGGCUCCUGGCAGCUGUCCCUCCCUCGUCUCUUCGGUCUGCGGUCACCCUCGUCACACGCGCAGUGCUGUUUGAGCGACACGUGGGGAAGUGGCUCAUUACUCAGUAGAGAGAACGUGUUUAACCAGAUCUUCAGUAGCAUUGCCAAUCUGGUUCAAUUAAGGUGAUUUUUUUUUUGUAAUUAUUAUUAUUAUUACUUUGGUGGGACAAUCUUUAAUUUUCUAAAGAUAGCACUAACAUCAGCUUGUUAGCCACCCCAUGCUCGUCCCCGCCCCGGCCUGGCUGGACGACACCUGGGCCCCGGGCCUGCUGGCGCCUCGCAAGUUGCUCAGCAGCCACCCCCCUCCCCACACUUACAUCCAGACGGGGCUCCCGUGGCCGGGGAGUGAAGACGGCCGUGCCUGCGGUUGGAAAAUGUUGGCAGAGCCAGGCUCUGGCUUGCCUCCCCACCCUCGGAAGCUGGCUGGUCGGUGACAUUCACCGAGAUGGCCCCCAUGUCACCAACUGUCACCUGGAAGCACAUGGUCGGCGGGGAGGACGACCCCACACCCCGGGUUUCCCAAGCCUCGGCGUUCGCCAGGGCUUCGGGCCGCCGGGCCGCCGGGCCGGCGGUGAGUGCUCCAGGCCAGGCUGGGGCUUCCUCCACCGCGGGGCCUUCGGGGGCCCGGCCGGACCGUGCAGCCGGUGGGUCAUCGGCUGACGUGGUCCCCAUCACGGAAUUCGGGCGCGUGGCAUGGUCCCUGCCCACGCAGGUGUGCGUGUAAGACGCGUGUGCCGGACCGGAGCUGCACGGAACUGCACGGCGCACGGGCGGCAGGUCCCAGUGUUUUGUGUUUAUUUUUAAUCAAGACUAUUUUUUCCUGUUUUCCUAUAAAUUUGCUUCGUGUAAGCAAGUACAUAAGGACCCCUCCUUUGGUGAAAUCCGGGUUCGAAUGAAUAUCCACGCGAGGAGAUGCAUCUAUUUUAAGAUGCUUUGGCGCAGACAGCUUUAGCGGCUUCCAGCCCUUAGCCAUGCCUUAGCCGGGAUGCGUAGCUAACCCUUCAGGGGAUGACACAUACACAGAGAGUAAAGAUAAGAGAAAAUGUCUAAAGCAUCGGGAAAGGUAAAAAAAAAAAAAAAAAAAAAUCUAUUUUUGUACAAAUGUAAUUUUAUCCCUCAUGUAUACUUGGAGGGUGCGGCGGGGUGGGGGGACUGGUUCUGUUUCUGCUUCUAGAGAUCGAGGUCAGAGUGUCCUCGGUGACACGCCGGGACGCGAGGCGGCGGAGGACGGGGCUCCGGGGACCGGCUCGCGCGGCCCUGUGACAUCGCGGCUCAGAGCUUUCCCGCGGGGCCCGAAACGUUCGAGGCUUUUCUCCCCUCUCCGAGUAACACGACGGCCUCGCUCUGUUCUGCCCGUCGCCAGCAGCCUCCUGACUCUGACUCUGAAGUCACUUCCCCGUGCGACGUUCUGUGCGUCGGCCACAGGUGUCUGGGGUGACCGACAACGGUGUGCGAAUUGUGGAAAAGAAAAACCGUGAGGAGAAACAAAUAUGAGCGUUUAAAAAUA